GGUGGCGGGCAGUCGGCGGCGGGGCGGCGAUGAUGCGGCUGUGGCGGGCGGCGCUGCUCAGGGAGCUGCUGCGGGGGGCGGCCGGCGGGCAUGGCCCCGGGUCCGGACACGGCUCCCGGCGCCUCCCGCCGCCCCCCCUGGCAGCCCGCCGGCGCGUCCCGGCGCGGGGGCUGUGCACUCGCUCUGAGGGAGCCCUGGAGGAGCCGGGGAAGGGGGCGCAGCAGCAGCAGCAGCAGCAGCAGCCGGCGGCCCCCGGGGAGCCCCCCGUCACGGACAGCGGCCGCAGCAAGAACCACGGCGGGGGCGCGGAGCUGGCCGCGGGAGGGGAGAAUAAAGUGAAGCAAGGUCUCCUUCCCAGCUUGGAAGAUUUGCUCUUCUAUACUAUUGCAGAAGGACAAGAAAAAAUACCAGUUCAUAAAUUCAUAACUGCACUCAAAUCUACAGGAUUACGUACCUCUGAUCCCAGGUUGAAGGAGUGCAUGGAUAUGUUAAGACUGACCCUUCAAACAACUUCAGAUGGUGUUAUGCUGGACAAAGACCUUUUUAAAAAGUGUGUACAAAGUAAUAUUGUAUUGCUUACUCAAGCUUUCAGGAGGAAGUUUGUCAUUCCAGAUUUCAUGUCGUUUACUUCGCAUAUUGAUGAGCUAUAUGAAAGUGCUAAAAAACAGUCUGGAGGAAAGGUGGCUGACUAUAUUCCACAACUGGCCAAGUUCAGCCCUGAUUUGUGGGGCGUGUCACUUUGCACAGUGGAUGGACAGAGGCAUUCUGUUGGAGAUACCAAAGUUCCUUUUUGUCUUCAGUCCUGUGUAAAGCCUUUGAAAUAUGCUAUUGCUGUUAACGAUCUUGGCACAGAGUACGUGCACAGAUAUGUCGGUAAAGAGCCUAGUGGAUUAAGAUUCAACAAAUUGUUCCUGAAUGAAGAUGACAGGCCUCAUAACCCUAUGGUGAAUGCUGGAGCAAUUGUGAUCACAUCUUUAAUCAAGCAAGGAGCAAAUAAUGCAGAAAAGUUUGACUACGUGAUGCAAUUCAUGAAUAAAAUGGCUGGUAAUGAGUAUGUUGGAUUCAGUAAUGCUACGUUCCAGUCCGAGAGAGAGAGUGGAGAUAGAAACUUUGCAAUUGGCUACUACUUGAAAGAAAAAAAGUGCUUUCCGGAAGGCACAGAUAUGGUUGCUAUCCUAGACUUCUACUUUCAGCUUUGCUCAAUAGAAGUAACCUGUGAGUCAGCAAGUGUGAUGGCAGCAACUCUGGCUAAUGGUGGCUUUUGCCCAAUCACUGGUGAAAGAGUCCUGAGUCCUGAAGCAGUCCGGAAUACCUUGAGUUUAAUGCAUUCGUGUGGCAUGUAUGACUUUUCGGGGCAGUUUGCCUUCCAUGUUGGUCUUCCUGCAAAAUCUGGAGUUGCUGGUGGGAUUCUUCUGGUUGUUCCUAAUGUUAUGGGCUUGAUGUGCUGGUCUCCUCCUUUGGACAAGAUGGGCAACAGCGUUAAAGGAAUCCACUUUUGUCAUGAUCUGGUUUCUUUGUGCAAUUUCCAUAAUUACGAUAAUUUGAGACACUUUGCAAAAAAGCUUGAUCCUCGCAGAGAAGGUGGUGAUCAGCGGGUGAAGUCUGUGAUAAACCUGCUGUUUGCUGCCUACACGGGAGAUGUGUCUGCACUCCGGAGAUUUGCUCUGUCAGGGAUGGAUAUGGAGCAGAGGGACUACGACUCCCGAACAGCAUUGCAUGUGGCAGCUGCAGAAGGACACGUGGAUGUUGUUAAGUUCCUGCUGGAAGCAUGCAAAGUGAACCCUUUCCCCAAAGACAGAUGGAACAACACUCCUAUGGAUGAAGCUUUACAUUUUGGACACCACGAUGUAUUUAAAAUUCUUCAAGAAUAUCAGGUCCAAUACACGCCGUCAGAGGAUUCCAACAACGGAAAGGAGAACCGAACGGUUCAUAAAAACCUAGAUGGUUUACUAUAAUCAUUCUCAGCUAGAUCCUAAGAAUCAAGUCACUUACCUAUUUAAUUGUGGUGUACAUAAGUAAUUGAAGAGCGUGUGUGUUUCUAUCUGAUAGUGGUAUAUGUUUUACAGAAGUCUCUGUUACUUCAGUGUUAUGUUACAGGAGUUUCUAUACGCACAGGACAAAUCCAAUCUCUCAAAACCAACAAAACCAACUAAGAAUCUCCCUCCAUAAUGUGAGCAAUAUUACCUCAUGCUGCAUAUAAUUGAUGUAUAAAGAUAUUUAGCUGUGGCUUUACUGUGCACUACUUAAUUUAUUUUUGUGUUCUAUGUGAACUUGAGUCUGUGGUCAGGAUUUUUUUUGCUAUAUUUUUGUUUCUCUAGCCCUCUGUUUCCAGUAUGGCUGAGAUGAGCCAGAGUACUGUCAGGUAUGAGCGUCAGUGAGGGUUUUCAAAAGUUGAGGAUGCUGAUGUAGAUUUAGGCUGGGUGUGUUAAGUAAAGAUCUGCACUUACUUUAAAAAAAAAAAAAAAUUUCCACACAAGCUUGUUUACAUAAUAUAAAUAUCAAAAGAGUAUAUAGGUGAUGGUUGUCUAUGGUCUUAGGCUUGUUCUCAGAGAUAGUCUUGUCAGGGAAUUUGUUUUAAGGUUUGUUUGACCAAAUGGCGUAGGAGAAUGUGACUUGUAACAUCUCUCAAUGUUUAGGGUUUUUUUUAGUGUUUUUUUCCUUAAAGCAUUUUUUUCUAGCCUCCCUCUUCUCUCCCUGUUCAGCUGCUAAAGUACUUCCCCUGUAACGGGAAAACGGGUGCUUCCACUCUAUGCAGUUGUGCUCCUUGCAGGUAUAUUUGCACUACAGCGAGCCUUGACAAGCUGCAAAACCCCGUUUUGGGCUCAUGCUUCAUUCUUGGCAGUUGCACCAGGACCCAGUGAGGGGAAUGUAGGCAUGUGAAAGGCAAAAUACUAAACCAAAUACUACAAGAAAUCUGACUAAAUUUAAGCUUAUGAUGAGGAACACAGAUGGAGUUAAACAGCUUUAAGGAGCAUAGAGCCAAUCAAAGCAUGAGCAGAGCAGGAGAUAAGCCAAAUUUUGGGAAUGUUCUCUUCUCGCACUACCAUCAACCAAGGAGCAGGAUAUUAGUCAGUAGGACUACGGGGGUGUAGAACCAGGAGUUCAGCAACAAGAGCACAAUUAGGUGAUUCCUUUGGUGGUGAACUGUGGCAUUUAUUGUCUUACCGCUGAAGGCAGCUUGGCAGGUGUUGUCAUGGGAAGUGUAGAUGCAGAUAUUUUCUUGUUUGCAGAGCUACCGUGUUAGGACAGUUCCCUAUCCCACGUGCAGUUGUUUUUACCAACACUGUGGCAUAAAACCUCCGAAGUGAUCAGUGAUUUAAAGAGUUGGACUUUGAGACCCUGCAGUUGUUGGACGUAGAUUUUAAGCCAGAAUUGUUUAACAUAUAGAGAUUUGUGCUUAAGAAUAGCAUAUAUAGCUAAUUUUAUGCUAGCACAAAACAUCCAAGUCAUUAGUAGAUCUUGAAGUUCAAACUUUGUGUUUAGGCACCAAAAUUCUCUUGAAACUGAUGCCUGAAUUCUUUCUAGAUUGGGCCAAGCACUUUAUAAAGAUGACCUGAACCACAUUAUCUCCCUUUUGCAAGUGGGGAAACUAAAGCAUAGAGAGAAGUAACUUCAGAAUGACCCAGCAGGUCAGUGUAGUUGAGAAUAAAUCCUGUUGAGUUCCUGUACAGUCCUCUACUCGAUAUGCCAUACUGCCUCCUACAGGAAGGGAAAAUCCAAAGGGAAAAGUGCCUGAUACUCAUCACAAGCAGUGACUGUCUUCGUGAUGAUGAAAUCUUGGCUGAAUCUGAAAGUCUAAAGCCCUGAAAUCACCUUUCCAGGCUGGCUGGCGUGGUUAUCAAACACUUUUUCUCAUGAAUCUUACAGCUCUUAAGCUGUAUCUUUUUUUUCUUCUCUCUGAAGAUCAGCUGUUUUUCUGAAGGCUUUUAACAUCUCUUAACCUCUCACCUCCUGUGUCACAGCCACCUUAGUUUUAGUCAAUAAUGAAAUCAAAUGGCCUUUGGCUCUUUAAUGAGCUGCAUUGGUCACUGAAUACCACAAGGCCUCUCCUCUGCUGCACCCCACACUAAAUCCCAAAAUGUUUUCUCUGGCAACAGAUCUAUUAACUCUAGAAUAGAGGAGUAGAGAUUUUCAGAUGGACUAUAGCAUUCUGUAUCUUGAUGCUAAUAUUAUUUCUGUUUUUCUAUAAAAACCUAUCCUUCAGAUUCUCAGAAAAAUACCCGAUUUAGUUUAACUGAAAUUUGCAUUGCUCAAGCAGGCAUCUUUAAAAGGUAGGUAUAUUAUACAAUACACAAACAUACAAAACCUUCAGAAGCAGCAUUUUGACUGAGUUAACAUAAAGAUCAUGGCUGUCCGUGAACUAAAUGCUUUCCUGAAUCAUACGGAGUGCUUUUAGCCAGUCUUAGCUUCAGUGCAUUUUUGCUGGAUAGCUUUAGUAUUUUCUCAGUGUGAGAAGAUGCGUUAUUUUGUAAUGUCCAAUUAAGCAGUGCAGCUAUUUAGACAUGGCGUUAUUUAUAAAUAUAUGCAGUACAUUGAUUUGGCUGUUUAUCAUUCAUGAUGCUGACAUGUAGAUUUCAAUGUAAGUAGCUUUUGGUUAUCUGAUCAAAUACUGACUUCCUUAUGCUCCAAAGAAGAUUCCCCAUACCUUCUGGUUUUGUCAUAUAUGUUUCUUCUGUAUCACAAACUAAAUAGUUAAGCUAACUUAAUGCUUUGUACUCAGAAAUAUUGUGAUAGUCAUAGCAUUAAUUAGCCUAUCUUUGUGAACAAAAUGUAUUGUACCGGAUUUUUUUGCUUCAGAGAUGGACUAUCAGUGACUACUUACUGGCAGUGUACUUCUGGUCAUUGUAACUGACUAGGCUGAUCUUGACUUCUAGAUUCUGUAUUGUGGGGAACAGACAGUGAUGAAUGUACUUCUAGCAGUUUCCCAUGAGUGAAUCUAAACUUGAGCUGUACUGGUUCUGAAAAUGAAAGCUAUUUAUUUUAAGAAAUAAGAUCCAGAUAGCGUUGCUUUUUACAGCAUAAUAAAUGGAAAUACCAA